AUGUGCAGUCAUGUUGAGGAAGACAGUGAGGUGAGAAGAGGGCCAUGGACCACUGAAGAAGAUGCUCUCUUAACCCAUUACAUUGAUCAUCAUGGGGCUGGUCGUUGGAUUAUGUUGGCAAAAUGUGCAGGUCUCAAGAGGACUGGAAAAAGCUGCAGACUAAGGUGGCUGAACUAUAUAAACCCCCACGUUAAACGCGGAGACCUGACACUCGAAGAACAGCUCUUGAUUCUUGAGCUUCAUUCCCAGUGGGGAAACAGGUGGUCGAAAAUUGCAGAGCAUCUUCCGGGAAGGACGGACAACGCGAUCAAGAACUAUUGGUUGACGAGGGUGCAGAAACAGACAUGCUCUGCUUCUCAUUCGAGAGAUAUGAGUCCUCGAAUACCAGAAUGCGUAGUCCCUUCAUCGUCGACGUUUCCGGGUUCGUUCGCCGCGGAAUUCGUGAACAUUUCGGAGGAAAUCGAUCGAUUUUCCCAACACCAAUCGAGUCUGAACGUGCAUGACCAAGUUCGGAAUGGAAGUUAUGGUGUCGGCGGCAGCGGGCACGGCACGGAAACUAUGGCUGUUUCCGGUGAAGGGUGCUGUUGGAUAUGUGAUGAGAUGACGGAUGGUUUAUGGCAAUGUGGAGCGUUGGAAGAGAUGGGCAACUUUGUGUGA